AUGACUGAGAGUGAAACAAGCGAUGAUCAGAAGCUCCACCCACUUAAGGAUGAUUGGUUUGUUUACUAUAUUCCCGCUGUCAAGGAUGUUGCGAGCUACGAUGAUGCUUGCGUAGAACUCGAUUAUGUUCAUUCCAUUGAAGAGGUAUUUGCCGUGCUGAAUACCUUUCCCAAUGUUACCAUACUGCCCUCGGAUGAUAGUAUAGUAUUUUCGAGAAAAAAGAUCCCUCCAAACUUUGAAAGCUUCCCUGAUGGCCAUCGCAUUUCUUUUUUCACAAAAACAAAGGCACAAGCUGACGAUUGCAUAUCACGGACAGUUGCAGCCGUUCUGGGUGAAAGCAUUUUAAAGUCACUUCCAAACGAUGGGCUUAUUGUGGACCUUGUCCGUAUCUCGCAUAAGCCCCAUCGCUUAUAUGAGGAAGCCUCUCGUAUAGAAGUGUGGUCGCAUCAGUCUUCCCAUGAAAAGGAAAUGGAAGCAUAUUUCAAGGAUCUUCUCAAACUAAUUCCAGGAAUCACGAUAAAACCGUCAAAAAUGAUGUAA